UGUAGGCGUUGAAGGUCAUCACAGUAAAAUGAAUGUGAUUUUCGAUUAAGAAGAAGAGUAGAGAGAGGCGGUUUGGUGACGUUAGAAACUGUUGCCUUCCACAUUUUCACAGCGGCAAUCAGCAGCUCACGCUUACCCAGCGUUACGAUGCCUCUGUUGAGAGAUCUUCGGAAAAAAGAUGACAUCAAUGCCAUUUAUGAGCUGAAAGAGAAACUGGGAGAGGGCUCAUUCUCCGAGGUUCGAGUGGCUCAGCACAGAUACACCCAGAAGCUGGUGGCUGUCAAGUGCAUCCGGAAGAGAGCGCUAAAGGGAAAAGAAUCCAUGCUGGAGAAUGAGGUUGCGGUAUUACGCAGAAUAAAUCACGAAAAUAUUGUGUCUCUGGAGGAAACGUUUGAGACUCCAACUAAACUGUAUUUGGUAAUGACACUGCUGACAGGUGGCGAGCUGCUGGACAGGAUUCUGGAGAGAGGCAGUUACACAGAGAAAGAUGCCAGUCGGGUCAUUUACCAGGUGCUGCAGGCCGUGAAGUAUCUGCAUCAGCUGGGCGUCGUGCAUCGCGAUCUAAAGCCAGAGAAUUUACUAUACAAGACUCCAUUAGAAGACUCCAAAAUUGUCAUCAGUGAUUUUGGCCUGUCUAAAAUGGAAGAGCAGGGGGCUCUGUCCACCGCAUGUGGAACUCCAGCAUAUGUUGCUCCUGAACUUCUACAGCAGAAGACAUACGGUAAAGAGGUGGAUCUCUGGGCCAUUGGAGUGAUUACGUUCAUUUUACUCUGCGGUUAUCCACCUUUCUACGAUGACAAUGACACACAACUUUACAAGCUCAUCAUAAAGGCUGAAUAUGAAUUCGACUCUCCAUACUGGAAUGACAUUUCUGACUCCGCGAAAGACUUCAUAGUUCACUUACUGCAGAAGGAUCCAGUGAAGAGGUUCAAUUGUGAGCAGGCCUUGCAGCAUCCUUGGAUAUCAGGAGGCGCGGCUCUGGACAGGAACAUUCAUGGCUCGGUUUCAGCACAGAUUCAGAAGAACUUUGCCAAGAGUCACUGGAAGAGGGCCUUUAAUGCCACUAUUAUUGUGCGUCAUUUAACCAAAAAAACCCACACUGGAGAAGAUGAUGAAGGGAAUCAAUCCACAAGUAUAGGGAGCAUUUGACAGUCACUGGCUACAAACAAUGAGUCUGUUACAGGAAAAGUUAAUCAAAUAUGAAAACUGCAUCAUUUGUUGACCCUCAUGUUGUUCCAAACCUCUAUCAUUCUGUUAGGAGAACACAAAAAGAGUGGGUAUUGGGGAGAAAUUGUGGCUUAAACACUGAAAUAAGCAGUGUGCAGGUUCUGUGAAGAUCAUCAUAAGUUCAAUUAAUGUGACUGUGUUUAUAUUUAAUGGGGUUUUCACAGUAAUGUCAGAGAGAAACUCUUGAAGAAGCUUACGUUUCCUAUAGGAACCAUUUUUUUUCUACUGUGAAAAACAUUUGAAUAAUCUAACUUUAAUAAUUUGAAUAAUUUGAUAAUAA